UUUAAAAUUAAUUUAAAUUAUAAUUCCCUCCAAACGAUUAUGGCUGAAAAAGAAACCUACGAUGAAGCCUUAGAAGAGAGAGUGAUAAAUGAGGAAUAUAAAAUUUGGAAAAAAAAUACUCCAUUUUUAUAUGAUUUAGUAAUGACACAUGCGUUAGAGUGGCCUAGUUUAACUGUUCAGUGGUUGCCUGAUAUAACAAAGCCUGAAGGAAAAGAUUAUACCUUACAUAGAUUAAUACUUGGAACACAUACUUCUGAUGAGCAAAACCAUUUAGUAAUAGCAAGUGUUCAAAUUCCUAACGAUGAAGCACCAUUUGACGCAUCUCAUUAUGAUGCAGAAAGAGGAGAGUUUGGUGGAUUUGGUUCUGUAGCUGGCAAGAUUGAAAUAGAUAUUAAAAUAAAUCAUGAAGGAGAAGUAAAUAGAGCAAGAUAUAUGCCUCAAAAUCCAUGCAUUAUAGCUACCAAAACUCCAACCUCCGAUGUGCUUAUAUUUGACUAUACUAAACACCCUUCAAAACCGGAUCCUAAUGGUGUAUGUCAUCCAGAAUUAAGACUGAAAGGUCAUUUGAAAGAAGGCUAUGGUCUUUCCUGGAAUCCUAAUGUCAAUGGUUAUUUACUCAGUGCCUCAGAUGAUCAUACUGUUUGUUUAUGGGACAUAAACUCUCCCCAUUCCACGAAACCCAAUAGUUCCUCCUCAGAAACGAUUGACGCUCAAACGAUAUACACUGGACACACAUCCGUGGUCGAAGACGUGGCUUGGCACUUGCUUCAUCAAACUAUAUUUGGCUCUGUGGCCGAUGACCAGAAACUUAUGAUCUGGGAUACUCGCUCUAACAUUAUAAAUAAACCUAGCCACAGUAUAGACGCUCACGUUGCAGAGGUCAAUUGUCUUUCUUUUAAUCCUUACAGCGAAUUUAUAUUGGCCACUGGUUCAGCUGACAAAACUGUAGCUUUGUGGGACAUGCGAAAUCUAAAGUUAAAACUCCACUCGUUUGAAUCACACAAGGAUGAAAUAUUCCAGGUACAAUGGUCCCCACAUAACGAAACUAUAUUGGCCUCGAGUGGCACUGAUAGGCGUCUCCACAUAUGGGAUCUCAGUAAGAUUGGAGAGGAGCAAAGUCCCGAGGAUGCUGAAGAUGGACCCCCAGAAUUAUUGUUUAUACACGGUGGCCACACAUCGAAAAUAUCCGAUUUCUCUUGGAAUCCUAACGAGCCUUGGGUUAUUUGCUCUGUGUCUGAAGAUAAUAUCAUGCAAGUCUGGCAAAUGGCUGAAAACAUUUAUAGUGACGAAGAUAUAAUGGAAACAACUCCUAACCCUACAUCCAACACAAGUGUUAAUGUCCCUGCGUCUGUUAAUGUAAAUAACAAUAUUUCGGCUGCUAAUAACUUGAAGGAUCCAGAAAUAUCUGCUAAUAAUGGUCUCCUUAAUCCAACUAAUAUUACUAGUAUUUCUAAUUAAAUCUUGUAAAAAAAAUUUAUAAUCAUUUGAAGUCGCCAUUAUAUUGAGAAAACGUGUUUUUCAUUCUUUUGUAAAUAUAUUGCCAUGAUUCAAAUUUAUCAUAAUAUUAUACGCUCCUUUAUAAUUAAUUUAGUAGUUUUUUUAACGCUAUAAAAAAAUAAUUUUGCCAUUCCUGAUAAUUAUUAAUUA